GAGAACAAGCCUCAUCUCCUCGCCCGGAGACUUCGAUCUGUUUUCCUUGUUCACCGAGAGAGAGAUAGAGAAUAGAGAGAGAUGGAUGCGUUCUUCCAAUCCCGAUCUCAGUCCCAUGGCGGAUGGACUCGGAAUUCCUUCAAAAAUUUCGGUCAGAUCCCUUCGAAUGUUCAAAAUCAUAUGAUGCUGGUUUACUUGACGCUAUGUUGCGCGCUCGCGGCAUCAGCGGCUGGAGCUUAUCUCCACAUUUUGAUGAACAUUGGCGGAUUUUUGACGAUGAUGGGUUGCUUUGGUAGCAUCAUGGGUCUGCUUUCCAUGCCUCCAUAUGAAGAGAAGAAGAGGUUUGGGCUUCUGAUGGCCGCAUCUGCUUUCGAGGGGGCUUCCAUUGGCCCUUUGAUUGAGCUUGCCAUUGAGUUCGACUCCAGCAUACUUGUCACAGCCUUUGUAGGGACUGCCAUCGCAUUUGCAUGUUUCUCAGGAGCUGCCCUUCUCGCCAAGAGGAGAGAAUAUCUUUACUUGGGUGGAUUGCUGUCUUCUGGCCUUUCCAUCCUCAUAUGGUUGCAGUUCGCUAGUUCCAUCUUUGGUCAAUCUACUGCUGGGUUGAAGAUCGAGCUUUACCUUGGACUGUUAGUUUUCAUCGGAUACAUGAUAUAUGACACCCAAGAGAUUUUGGAGAGAGCAUAUCAUGGAGAGAUGGACUACGUGAAACAUGCGCUUACCCUCUUUACAGAUUUUCUUGCUGUUUUUGUCCGUAUUCUCAUCAUCAUGAUAAAAAAUUCAUCCGAGAAAUCUGAGGACAAAAGGAGGAAGAAGAAAUCUCGAUAACUGAACCUUCAAACUCGUUUGGUGGCCACCAACCAUCACCUAAUAUGUUAGUUAUGCAGUACUUGUGUGCAUCUUUCUUCUCAGACUGCCAAACAUCUGUGUUCGUCAAGACACUUAUUACAAGCUAUAUUUGUGUGUGAACUUUGCUGGUAAAUAAGCGUUGCAUCUGUGUUAAUUGACAUAAGUGUUGUAGAUAAAUGUUCUCUUCCAUUUAGUAGAAAAAGAGAAGAUCGAUCCCCUAUCAA